AUGUUUCACUGCCGGGGACUCUGGCGUCUGUGGCGGCGGCCUCGGACCGUGGGGGUCCCCAUGAAGGACCUCAGGCGCAGAGAUGUCGCCUCUGGGGUCUCCCCUCCAGACAGAACCUCGCCGAAGGCCCUGAACAUCUUCGACCGGGAUUUGAAGAGGAAACAGAAGAACUGGGCGGCCCAGCAGCCGGAGCCAACGAAGUACGACUACCUGAAGGAGGAGGUUGGAAGUCGCAUUGCUGACCGUGUAUAUGACGUAGCCAGAGAUUUCCCCCUCGCUUUGGAUGUUGGUUGUGGAAGAGGUUACAUAGCACAGCAUUUGAAUAAGGAAACUGUUGGCAGGUUUUUUCAAGCAGACAUUGCAGAAAAUGCUUUGAAACUUACUGUAGAAACAGAAAUUCCUACUGUCAGUGUAUUAGCUGAUGAAGAAUUCCUCCCCUUCCGAGAAAAUACAUUUGACCUGGUGGUAAGCAGUUUAAGCUUGCACUGGGUAAAUGACCUUCCUAGAGCACUUGAACAGAUUCAUUAUGUUUUAAAACCAGAUGGAGUCUUCAUUGGUGCGAUGUUUGGAGGGGACACACUCUAUGAGCUCCGGUGUUCCUUGCAGUUAGCAGAGACGGAGAGGGAAGGAGGAUUUUCACCACACGUUUCUCCUUUCACGGCUGUCAACGACCUGGGACAUCUUCUCGGGAGAGCUGGCUUCAAUACGUUGACUGUGGACACUGAUGAAAUUCAAGUUAACUAUCCUGGGAUGUUUGAAUUGAUGGAAGAUUUACAAGGGAUGGGUGAGAGUAACUGCUCAUGGAAUCGCAAAGCUCUGCUGCACCGAGACACCAUGCUGGCCGCUGCAGCGGUCUACAGGGAAAUGUACAGAAAUGAGGAUGGUUCACUACCUGCCACGUAUCAGAUCUAUUACAUGAUAGGAUGGAAAUAUCAUGAUUCACAGGCAAAACCAGCUGAGAGAGGUUCUGCAACCAUGUCAUUUGGAGAAUUAGGAAAAAUAAACAGUCUUGUGUCACAGGAGAAAAAAUGA